CAAAAUCGCACACGGCCGAUGAUGGACGGACGCUCCCGGUGAGUUGCCCGUAUCCCGAGGCCCUUUUAUAGCACGCUCAUACCGUGCGUUUCUACCCCUCCAAAAAUUAUAGUUUAUUUUUCACCCUUAACUUCCUCACCUUCACAUCCAGACAUCAUUUGAUCGCAAAGAAAGGGAUUGUUAAUUUUUCAGCUAAAAAAUUAGUCCCUAAAGAGGUAGUUAGUACAGUGAGAGUGCUGUGCGUUACACGUUAGCUUACAACCACCUGUUUCGUAGUGCGACUGUGCGUGUUCGGUGUCCUAGCGUUUGUGUUUUGUGUGGCAGGCCUGCCUGUCGUAUGGCUGCGGUUUGGAAGGAUCCACACACGGUAUGGUUGAUGCGCCUGAAGGUAGGCAAACACGCGACUAAAGUCGCUGGCAGCUGGUUACUACGGGACCGGAUGAGUGAAGCAAAUCGUGACGAAAUGUUCCGCAGCGUGUAGUGGUCUGCACCUGUUUUUUUGUUCAGCGUCUCCGUGACGCUUUAUCAUCGCAGUUAGCGAACUAAAAAAAAACACACACACACGGGAGUAAAAAGCAAAGUGCGCAAGAGCGAGAUCACACGCGUUGGAGCAACAGUGUGUGGCGAUUGAGACAUAUCUUUCAAUCACAACGAAUUUGGGGAAGGCUCGUUUACGACACGGUUUAACUACUAUAUCGCAUCAUAACACGACAAUCCUAUCCGUCACAAACCGUCACAUAACAGUAGAAAAACAGAGAUUGAAGAAAUAGAGAAAUAUUGAGGUGUUACAGACGGGAAAUGGUCUAGCAUGGCAGAAGCGAAGAAGUGAAACAGGAGACUGCGUUAUCAUCGCAGUGAGCAAGGUGUUAUCACUGCACGCAUCCCUGCGAUGAGGAUGAGAUGAGCCGAUCAGCCGAUCUGCUCACGGGGUCCAAUCGCAUCGUCACACAUACAAACCGUGACGGUGUGGCGUGAGCGGUUGCGGAUGGAUACCGUGUGAUGGCGCUGACUGCCACUGCUCAGGGUGCGCGCGAACAGCAGCAAUCAGUUCGCGUUUGGCCGUCGUGGCGUAUGGAGUGUGCCGUUUCACCGUUUCACUUGGCACGGCACUGAGGCAAGCUAGUGUCGAAAGACGGUGGUCGAACAGUGUAAACGAACGGGGACCAGUAAUGGUUUGUACUCUCUGUGUGUGGGUAUAGUGCUCAGUAUAGACACAAUCAACUGUACACCGAGGGAAAAAACGUGUUUGCAAACCAAAAUACCAAAAAGGCUAGUGCUUAGUAGAGGUGGUGCUAGUGUGUAGUGUGUAGCAGAACAAUUAGAUAGGUGAAGCGUUUUUUUGUUUUUGUAAAGCGUCCUGCAGCAAUACACCCGAACGAUGGCAACUGUUGGGGAGAACGGUAAUGGUGAUGGGAGUCCGGUACCACCCGAACGGAGUCCGGUGGAGAUUCCGCCGGUUCCGGAGUUACCACCGGCCACGGACCUAUACACACCCGACCGCGUCGAAACGUUCAAGACCGAGCUGAUGGAGUUCCUUGGUGAGCUAGUGCCACCGGGUGAACCACCGUGGGAUAUCGGCAUAUUCGAAGGUUACGGCCGGGGACUGGUGGCGACGCGUGACAUCGACGUCCACGAGCUGGUGUUUAUGGAUCGGCCAGUGCUGGUCGGACCGCGGGUCAACAACUACGAGGUGAUCUUCUGUGCCAGCUGCUGCUGUAUAUUGCGCCGGCUGCAGCUCUGUACCGGUGGUUGCCGUUUGCCGAUCUGCAGCCGUUGCGAUUACUCGGUCGGUGCGGCAUCGCCGCACGCGGCCGAAUGCCGCUUGAUACAGAGCUGGCAGCCGAAAGAUGCUGGCCGCUACUCGAAAAACAUCCUGUACGCUCUGACCUCGAUCCGGGGCUUCCUUCUAUCCGACCGGGACCGUUCGAUCGUGCUGCAGAUGGAGGGUCAUCCACCGCGCAAGGAGAUGACGACCGAGAUCGAACGAUUGCUGAAGGAUGGGUACUUCUGGAAUCUCGACGGUGACGGUCCGGCCGUACGCUAUCUGCGCCAGGUAGUGAACGUGCUCAACACGAAUGCGUUCGAGACGAGCCGGAUCGUGGCGGACGAGGAGAACAACAAUCACGAGAUCAUACUGCGCGGUCUGUACAUACUCGGUGCACUGAUGAACCACUGCUGCCGGCCAAACGUCCGCUACGUCUUCGACGAUCAGCUCCGGAUGCGUGUCCAUGCCUCGCGCCCAAUCAAAAAAGGUGAACAGAUCAUGAACAACUACUCCAAGAUACUGUGGGGCACACAGCACCGCAUCAUUCAUCUGUGCUUCUCCAAGAAUUUUCUCUGCAGCUGCGACCGUUGCAAGGACCCGACGGAAUCUGGCACCUACCUUGGCGCGCUAAAGUGUGUACGGGAAAGCUGUCCCGAGGGUCGUCUGCUCCCGAUUAAUCCGCUCAAAAUCUCAUCCCUGUGGCGUUGCGACCGGUGUAACCUGAAGAUGGACAACAUUAAAGCGAGCAAGAUACAGGAGAUUGCCGGCCGCAUGAUACUGAACAACGCGAUCAAACGUGAGGCGAGCUACAUCAUCGACUACCUGAAUGAUCACAUCGUAAAGUUUCUGCUGCCGACGAACCAGUUUACGGUUGAGCUGAAGCUGCAGGCGAUCAAAAAGAUACAGUCCGAUCGACCGUUGGCCGAGCUGCGUGAAAAGGAGAAGUAUUGCGUCGAGAUACUGGACGUUCUGCAGCGUCUCAACUAUGGCGAAUGUUUCGUCAAGGGUGUACUCUGCUACGAGCUGUUCGUGACGCGCGUUACGAUCGCUCAGUUACUGAACGAAACGGAUAUCGCAACGGAAACAACCAAUCUGGCACAGCUGCGCACCGCCUGGCAGAUACUUAACCCGAGCGGUAACCGACCCAAGGACCUUCAGCAACUGGUUGUGACAUACGGGAUCGAGUGAAUCCGCCCUCGGACCCCGGAAUACAUAGACAACAAAAGCCAAGGCGCUCUUGUACAAAAACAAAACAAAACAAACAAAAAAAAAAACAUAUCGACACCUCGCGAUAACACUUGUCUGUUAUUUUUCACUUGUUUUUCACGGCACUAGAAGAAAUGAUCCGUUUUAUCGUGCGUGCACGUAACGGACAAAACGAAGCUAAUCCGUGAGUGAGACGAUUGAUAGUGAAUAGGAAGGUAGAGUGGAAGGAAGGAGAGAAAGAUAGAUAGAGUGAAAGAGAGCGAUUUAUAUAUAGAGUGAGCAGGAGGGUGACGAUGGAAAAGAAAACGUAGCUAACUCCCCUACAAACGGGUAUGCUGCUUGGGUACGAAGCCAGAAGUUGUUGCACUGUUGUUUGUGAUUAAAACGUGUGGGUUUCAACAUAUACACUUUAAGCGCACUGGUGAAGUGAAGAGUGAGAAUUGAUAGCAGAUGGAGGUGAAUGAUAAAGCAGAUGAAUAUUAGUAGCAGUUCUUAAAGGACGAGUUGGAAUGGGGGAAAGGAACCAACGUUCAGCCUGGCAGCUGAUAGUACCAAACGGACCUACUUUUAUCCUUUUUGGAUUGUAUCGUUUCAAUCUAUUGCUCAUAAGGAAGGGGGAAGUAGUAACACGGUAGACUGCCUUGUUAAAAGCGUCACAAAGAACCUCUGAACGCAAAAGAUGCUGCAUACAAUUGGGGCAUUUUGUCAUCAAAUUUGUUUGCUCCCAUAAUUGGGACAAUGCCUGAAUGUAUGCAAUCCGCACGACUUUGGUGUGUUUGUAGCUUCUAACAAGGCUUUACACCGAAUAAUCAACCAGUCUAGAAUGAAACCAAUUUUCUACUAUUCUCAAUUUCAAAUACGUGCACCAUGCUCAUUUGAUACACACUAAAUCACUGUCACGCACCGUUAACGUGGUGGCACGACCGAGAAUGACCGGUGUCAGCAACGCGUGGUCAACAACGGACGAACGCGCGCUGUUAUGGUCUUGCCGGUUUGUUUGCGUCGCACCAUCGUUUACUAUAAAGUUUGUUGAACAACUUUUAUCCCUUUCUCGUGUUUUGAUCAAAUUUAUAUAUGUACAACAAACUCAUACCAGUAAGCAAAGAAAAUUUAAAACUUAAAUAGCGUACGUGAUGGUAAUGGACGCGGGAAGGGAAAAUAUCCCAUACCGUACAUUUCUUCGUGUUCAGGUUCGUUCCGAAUUUUGGCUUCCUUUGUACUUGAGAAUACUUCGGUUCUAUGUUCGUCUUCUCCUACAUCAGGUAUUUCAUUGCACACGUUUGCAUUCCGCAUUCGGUGCCACUUUGUAUGACGCGCGGUAAAUAAAAGCGAAUCAUGUUUACCCUUUUUGCCUUCAUCCCUUUCUUUCCCUCUGUUCGGGCAAAGGAUGGAAAGAGAAAUGGGGAUGGGGGUUAGAAGUCUUAAAAA